ACUUACACUUACGUGUAACAACUUUUCAAGAUGAUCUUCAAAAUCACCAUCCCCACUGCCUUAACCACGUUCUCUGUCCUCCCUUCCAUUCUAAACGCUCGAUUUCCUUCCAUUAAUUUCACCUCUCCAAGAAGAGAAUGGCCAUUCCACUAACUCUUCUAUGGAUUCCUCUUUUGAUUCUUCUACAGGGCAGGGACUUGAUGAUUACGUAGUUUGCGUAAUUCGGGAUGGGUUGUUUUUGGGGAGUUGAAUUGGACUUCCAGAGAGUGUAGUUAUGAGGCUCUGCCUGAUGUUUUCUGGGCGAGACAUGAUCCUACAACUCUUAAUCGCCAAAGUUGCAGCAACAAAAAGUCCAGUGAUAUUUAUCGAACAAGUGAACACAUGAAUGAAUUUGAAGUUUUUGAUGCCAAACCAUUUGUGAGCCGACUAUUAGGCAUGGGCGACUUGUCUGGAUUCAUGGACAAAGUUCAUGAAGUCAUUCCAAUAGAUCAACAGACUGAGUUUCUAGAAAGGCUUAAAGAAGGAAAGUUUACGUUGAGGAUCAUGUUCGAGUAUGUUCAGCAUAUACUUCAAAUGGGUCCAAUUGGCCAGAAGAGAACCCGAAAAGGAAGAAGUAGAAGAAACAGCCCAAAGAAUGGAGGUGCAUGGAUUUAUGUUGUUGGAUGAUUGGGUACAUGUGCACUACUUGGUCGUUGCUCUUGUUUCUAUUUCAUCGUUUGCCCUUUAAUUUGCCUGGACUUAAGGUUCCUGAGCCUCCCGGAUUGAGGCUGAAGCGUGAAGGCCUCAACGCGCUCCAUCCCAUUUUUUUGGUGCUCGGCAUUGUCACCGAAAGACUGGAGCUCUGGGAGGGAAAGCCUUUUUUGCAGGCGGCUUUAGGGGAUUAGCUUUAU